AUGCAGACAAAACUGUACGAUAUCGCUACUAGAAAGAGUAAAAGUUACUAUGAAUUAUGCCCACAGACGCCGAUGCUGUUCCUGUCUCCAGACCACCUACUCAAGACUGUCACGACCGCGUCAUGGCCCAACGAGAAACCAGUUUAUCUAAUGGCACCGAGUGUGGAUUUCAAUACGAAAACGUCUCCUCGUCCUGCAAAUUUUACACGGACAGUAAUGGAGUUGACGGACGUCGUGCUGUGUCGGACGAUGCGAUGUGAUCAAGAUAUCAAACACUUUUUAAUGCGGCAGAUUAAGGACAGCGACGAAGAGAGUUCUGAAUUGAUUAAGAACACCAGAGUACUUUACACGAGUCAGGUGACAGUCGAUCCAGCCAACUUUGCGCGGAAGAUGCUGGAUGGAGAUGCUACGCCGCAAAAUGCUGCAGGUUUUGCUUACACACGCUUCGCCCAUACUACGUGGCGCGUCUCGUCCAAGACGACACAGGACGUUUUCAACUGCUGGAAGGGCCACAAGAAGGAACUUCCCCCUUUAGACGUCUAUCUACUACGAGCAAUCCACGAGAACAAGCAGAAUGACGCGAAACUUGUGCAAAGAGACGGGAGGCGCUCUCCGCCCCGAGUUGGCCGUCACGAUUCGUGUCCUUCGUUCGACGUGGACGCGAAGUACGUGUUAGAUUUCGAACCUGUCGCCUUCGCACUAAUUGACGUACUCGAGUCGAAGUUGCGUGACAUACACGAUGAACUGGAGAAACGCCCAUGCGAGCUGAAAGGUGGAAAGGCAACUGCUUUCAUUGAGCUCAAGAACUUGACCGAUCAUGACAGCUCGGUUUUACGCUGUAACCCGUGA